AUGUUGACUGGAUGCACAACCCAUCAGAUUGCUGAGAUAAUCAUGCAAUGCCGACCUUUAAGAAAUGUAGUUAAGUGUUUGUUCUUAAAAAGGAGAGAAUCUGUCAAGUGGCAAGGAUGAGUCCUUAAAGAACAGUUAAUAAUGAAACUUAUUUUCUUCCUUUUUAAUAUUUCAAUCUAGGUCCAUACAAUUAUGCAUAGAACUUCAUAAGCUGUCUAAAAGAAGUUCAAUUAAAACGCUUUGUUCUUCAUUUUUUAAAUUAACAGUCACUAUAAGAAGGCAUGUGUCAGCUGGAUGUGUACCCAGGUUAUUCUUUGAUAAUCUGGACUUCAAGGUAUUGGUUAACAUCAUACUGCAGAAUCACCGCCACUCAGAUAUGCAUUGGAUUGCUCAUUAUGUAACAUUCGACAGAGUACCCUCUGAUCACCUUGAUGAUUCCAAACCUAUAUCUGAUGGCACACGAUUUGAGAAUAUUGAGUACCUUCUGUGUCAAAGUGAACUUGAGAAGUUGCGAAGUGAUUUCAUCGUCUUAGUGGCCCGUAUUCUUGCUGAAUUCUUUGAAUUCAUGGAGCCUCUCAAAUCUGCCAUACCAAAGCAUAUCCAACACAGGUAGGAUAACUAUAAAUUAAUUAUGAUAUGCUAUACAUGUAUUUAGUUUAAAACAAGCCAAACAAGCCCAAAAAGGUUAUACAAUCCCACACUGGUCUGCUGUCUUACUCUUGGCCAUAGACAUCUUUGAUUUCCCUUUGUUCCUCAAGCAUAAAAAGGAAAUGGUCAAGACAAUGCCUUGCAGUUUUAAUAUAUAUAGAUUUAGCCAGGGGUAAAAGCGAAGCUCUAGUUAAUAAUAAUACUUGACGUAAACAAAAAAAAAUUAAAUCAUGUAAUGCUAAAUGGGGAGGGCAAUGAAAAUGGCAUCAAGAUCAAUAGAUCUAAUUAGCAAAGAAACAAAUUGCAUGUGCAGCACACUUUUUUUCUAAUUAGCAAAAACACAAAUUUGCACAUGCAGCACACAUUAGAGAGAUUAAGAUUCACGUUUACCGCAACCUGCAAACGUUAGACUCGAGUUGAGAAUUUCUCAGAAUAGAAAAUAACAGAUAAAAACAGUCCCGAACGAUUCCUAUGGUUAAAACUGGCAUAAAACUACUUAUUUUUGCGUGGAAGCAACAAAGAGUAAACGGAAAAUAAGGGGGAAACUUGGUCACUUGGUACAAAUUUACGUCUACCGUUUGGCGUAAACGUGAAUCUUAAUCUCUCUAUUUUGGCUUUCUUUGCCAUUGUUUUGCACAACUACAAUGCUGUUUUGUAGGACUAAAACGUCAAACUUCCUAGUUACACAUUAUUUUAUGGAGAAAUUGUCAUAUAAUAUGUGCUUACCCAAUAUUUUGUCUCCUGUGUUCAUGCAUGAUUGCUUUUAUUUUUCACUGCCACUCAUUUUCACCUUGCUGGCUGCUAGCAUUUCUCAUUCUCACAACCACUUUGAAUUUUCAUGUUUUCCUUCCUACAAAAUUUGUCUCUUUUGUUUUCAAUCACUCACUGUAGCUCUUUCUCUGUUAUCCACAUGAGUGUAAACAUCAAAAAUAACGUCGAAAAAGACACCACUUUUUGUUGUUGUUUUUUCUUUCUAAAAGUCCGGGCAGUCAUGCGAUUCUUUCCAAAUAAAACCUUGAGUUACAUUUGGGUUGCCAUACCUGUUGAUUGAAUUAUUUUAAAUUGACAUGCCUGUGGUGCGGACGGAUGGUUGGUCGGUCAGUCGGUGUACGGUCAUGUUUUUUUGAAUGGGUAGUUUACCAGAUUUUUUUACCCAUGGUGUUCCGCUGCGCGCGCUUCACGCAUGCGAGAGCUCCAAUAUCAAGUUUCUUGGUACAUAGACUAUACUUAAUUAAUUUGCUCCUUUAAUGAUGGUAUACAAGAGUUUGUCAUUUGCUAGGUGUGGUCUAUUUGUUAUGUAUUUGAGAUAAGAUAAUGAUAUUUAACUUAAAUUAAAAGAGCUUUGGUAUAUUGUGUUCAGGUACUCUGAAUUCAUGAACAAAAAGUCUGUCAUUAUUGGACUACCAGUGGUACCUUACAAUCAAUCCAAGCAUGCAGAUGUUUGCCAAUAUCUUGAAUAUGUUCAAAAGCUACUGGUUGAUAUCUACAAGCCACAGGUAAUUAAUCAUUAUUUAUUAAUUUUUUCAAAGUCAAAUCAUAAAUUACAGGAUACAAGAUGGAAAAUCAUCAAAUGUCACCACAAGGACUUCAAUGCUGGGUCAUAUAUCAUUAAAAUUCAAACAUAUGCCUUUCAUUCCCUGAUCAAGCUAUUAAAAUAUAGUCGCUGAGUAUUGAAAGAGCAUAACAAUUUCACUUGUCUUUGAACAUUUGAACCUGAUGUACCAAAUAGUUUUGGAGAAAAACUUGAAAUUUUGCAAGGAAUGUAUGAGCUCAUAGUGUUUUGCCACCCAGAAAUUUUGCAGUUUUUGAUGGCUAUUUCCUUUGUUACGUAUGAUUGCAAAGAGCUGAAAAUUGCACAAACUGCUCAGAAUAUCUAGCUCUUUCAACUUUUGAACCAAGCUUUUACAUACACUGACAUUUUCUAUGGGUAAACUCUCAUGCUAAUGAGCAAAAAUGCAAAUAAUGAUGUCAGCAAAGAUUCGCGAAUUGUUCUUAACAGAACCAAGACAUGCCAGUUAAUGCAGAUGAAGUGCUCAAGAAUGUUAAAGUGCCACUGGGAGGAGACCUCCUUGGACGAGAAAGAAUUACUGGAGCCAAAAAGACUAGACUUGGGUGUGACAGUGCAGCCGAGAGAUUUGAAAGUAUUGUUGAGACACCUGCACUUUGGCAUGCAAAACAAUCCUUUCUAGGGGUUAGUUUUUUAAUUAUUACAUAAUCUGAUUAUUCUUUAUUUUAACCAUUGUCUUUUGCUUUUUUUUUUCUGGUUUUGCCUAUGUUUGGUAAAAAGAUACUUAACUUAAUGACUAAGUAACUUUAUUCCCAAUCAAAAAUGAAAAUAGCAGGAUGGGUCCAAGGGACAGCUAUUCAAAAUAUUUAAAAAAUAUUUCUUUAUCUUCAAUUAUCUGCUCAGAAUGCAUGCAGGUGGUACUCUUUCAAGAUUUAAAUAAUUUGCUUUUAACACAAUCUCAUUUCCAGAGGCCAAGGCAGCACUUUUUCCUUAGUUAUAUGUCGAAUCUGAGCAUUAGCGUGGUAGAGGUUUGAACUCACAACCUCCCACUUGACAAGCUGGCAGUCUUCCAGCUGUGCAAGGUCCAAGGUUUUCCAUGUCCAAAAUUGAAUUGUCAUUAAGGUCAAAAAACAUUUUCACCCUAAAUUAAAAUUUCUAUAAUUUAAAAACUAAAGAAAUUCAACAUGCAGUCUAGGUUGAAAGCAACCUGAAUUUCCUUUCAACUAUAUAAACAACAGAUAUUAGUCAGACAGAGUUCACAUAUAAAUCAAGUAGACAAUUAAUAAACAUUGCUUAUUCUUUUUAUAGUAUAUCUGGGAGCAACUUUACAAGCCAACUCCUGCAAGUGGUAGAAGAGACAUUGGCACCUUGUAUUACUUUAGGCAAAAUUUUGGACUUGUUAAUGUGCCACCAAGGGUUCAAGACAACUACUCAAGUUGUGAGUCACUGAUGUUGUCAGCAACAAAGGCUUACAUUUGUGCAGCAUUCAUGGCAUGGGCAGGGACAACAGACACUGCUACCUCUCCAUCAUGGGUAAGCUCUAUUGCAAAGGAGAGAAAUUCAGCAGUCCAGUGGGAAAGCCUGCAAAUUCAAAUUGGCAAGUUUGUUGAUGAGUACGUGUUGACAGAGUUUGAUAUUGAAAGAGCCUGGCGGGAGCAGCUAGAACAACAAUGCCAACAGAAAGAAAACCAAAGGAGAUCUGCUGGCAAUGAUGAUGAGAUGACUGCAAUUUCAUCCCUUGCUCAGCAACCAUACUCUUCUGGUAUGUCUAUAAACAAUACUUUAACAUACAGUACAAUGCUGUGUGUGUGAAAAUGAAGUAUUAAACUACAUUAUUUCUAUUAAAAUUUUCAAAUAUUGGUAUAAGGCACCAGGGUGCAAAGAAAGUCAGUUUUGUGGUUUGCCAUUCAGGCAAGCUGUAGUUAAAUAGAACAUGUACUUGCCCAAGAGUCAUUUUUAAUAUAACUAUAGCCCAAAAAUAUAUUUUGAUGAGCAGGAUCGAUCGACUGAUAACAGUUCUGUAAUUUGAAUUCUCCUAAAAAUUUCACUUGCCCAUCAGGCAAGUUAAGAAAAGAAUUCACUUGCCCGAUAGCAAAAUCCACGAGCCAUGGGCUAUCAAAAGCGACUUUCUUUGCACGUUGGGCACCCCUAGUUAUUAUUAAGCUCUGUUAGUAAGAAUAAUAAUUACGACUAUUUUUCUGUCUUUAUAAAAUACAGCUCUGAUCUUGUAAAUGGACAGCUCACCUCAAAAUCUACUUCACUGGACUGGAUUAGUCAAGCGAAAAUAGUGUUUUGCAAUGUUAUUUAUAAGUCAAGUAAAAUUCAUAUUUUUAUGGUCAUUAUUCCGCAGGUUCUGUUGUCAUUUUGCUGCAAAAAUCUGAAGAUUACAAAGUUCUAGCAGUUGGAAAAGUUGUUGAAGUUGAUGCCCAUAUUUCUGUGCCAGAGAAGCAUGUUCCUGUCUUUGUAGCAUCCAUUGAGGAAUGUGCCUCUGCUAUACUUGCACCUGGCAAUGUUGUGUUUUGGCCCACAGAUCUGCUUGCAGUGUACAGGUCUCCAACAAUGGGAACUGUAGAAACAUCACAAACAUCCAAUAGUAACCUCAACAGUAACAUUUCUGACAUCCCUCCUGGCAGUGAGGAAGAUCGCUAUCUCAAUUAUGGGUUGCAGGUAAUUCAACUGGGAAUGAUGCUCAUGCAGCUUAAUGAUACAGAGGGUGAGGGAGAUGGAGAGCGCAGCCUAAUUAACUGGAAGAUGCUUCUGUUGUAUUUUAGAAGUAGGCCAAGAGGGAAAAAAUAUGCCUUUGAGGCAAUGCGAUUCAUAACUUGUGUCAAGGGUUUUAUACAGAGAAGAUUGCCCAUAGAGUGUUACAUGGCCAGUUUGUAA